UCAACGGAUGGCUCGAAGAUGGCGGUAGUUACGAUAUCAGUGCUCGACACCGAUAGCUGCUCCGUUUACUAAUCGAUCAUUCCGGGUGUCGGGAGUCAGUGCAAAGUAGAUGCAAGUUGGUGUGCCUAUUUGGGAGGACGCGUACUGCACAAGGCUACUUGUGUUCUGGCUCAGAAUGUCAGUUGGGAUUGUGUCGUGAAAAAUGUUGAGGACCAACAGCAACCCAUCGGAACUAAACACCAUUUGAAACGUCCAACGAUAUCCUCUCGCUUCGUUGCUGCACCGCUCUGAGUGGUUACGAUUAUGAUGAGAUAACAAACGCAGAAUGAAAUACAGUGGCAGUAACCUUCUUGGUUAUGCAGUUUACGCGUUUAUUCUAUUUUUUAACGUUAUUCAUGCAGAAAGCGGUGUCUCCUGCAAAGAUCAACAAGGACGAUCCUAUGAAAAUACUUUUAUAUACAUUCCUGGUCCAGAACCUUGUACAUUGUGUGUAUGUGAUAAUGGCAAUCCAAAGUGGUGUAAAGCACUUGUUUGCAAGUAUGCAGAGGAAUAUUGUAAAUCUUCCCGGCAUAUCUGUUGCCAGUAUAUCUGUUUGGAUGAUACAUUGUUGUCUAUACCAAAUGACAAAUCUGAUGGGAUUGGUAGCAACACGACUGAUGCUGUUACAAAUUACGACAUAGGGCUACGAUCUGUUGCUAGUUUUGUAACAGCUGUGUUGUCAUUGAGUUUAUUAUUUUUUUUAAUACAUCGUUUGCGCCAAAGAAAGAUACGAGUUUGCGUGGCAGGAAGACAGAACAGACAGUUAGCAGAGGACCAAAGAAAUUUAGGUAGUAUGGGAUAUUUAGAACGAGAUGGACUAUCGCAUGGUGUUCCUAUGGAUGAUAUUCCAUGUGGAGCUAGUUAUCCAUUAUGGAAGCCACCUAGCAAUUACUUUCCACGUGGUGAAGCUCCACCACCUUAUGAAGAAGCAGUCGCAGCAGCGAGAGCAGAACAAGCUCUUUUAUCAAUGAACCCACAAACACUUCCACAAUUAAAUUUUCCAAACACCUAUUUGCCAAACACUAAUAGUCGUACAAGUAUAUCCUUAGUAGGAAGCACACAAAGUGGUAUAAAUCGCAAUUCAUCAACAUUAAUUUGCGACAGUGGUAUAACGGAUCAAAGUGGCUUAAUCUCAACACCAAAUAGACCAAUAUCGAAUCCAAACAUAUAUGCUAGUUAUCGGCAGUCGAAUCAAAAUGAAGCGCUAUCUCCGAGUGUUAGUGUAGGAACUUCUACGACGAGUUUCACAAUGGGAACAAGUACUUACGAGAAUUUACCUACUCCCAUUGGAAUUCCGAACUUUGUUAAUCAACGUCCUGAUGUAACUGCACAACCUUUGCCCAACUUUACCCAACAACAAUCUACUAUUCCGAAAAGUUAUCAAACGCAUACUACUCUUCCUCGUCAAACUGCAGCGUUUACAAUAUCCGCAACCUUGCCAAAUUCUAGUGUGACUACUCAUCGUACAAUUCCUAGGACUUUAACAACUCGUGCUGGUGCAAAGUUACAAGAUAUUAUAAAUGAUUGCACUCAAAAAGAAUUUUUACGAUCUACGAUAACGACCGAUAUUACUACGCCGACUUUACUGCAUCCUACGCAACAAGAUGCUACAACCAAAUUAGAAAGUUCAAGGGAAAAUACAAAUUCAGAUACACUUCGUGAAGAUAUACAAAUACAACCCUCUUCUGCAUCAUCUUCUGGAUUGCAACAAAUUGAAAGACAACCAUUGGAUCAUAAAAUAGAAUUAAAAUCUCAUGAUUUUAAGCCACCGUUAAAUAUAGCUAAUGGGAUUAAUGAAGAAGGAAGUUUCGAAUCAGUGGCAUGCACUUGUAGUAUGCAAGCCCUUUCUACUCUUCAUGAUGAUACAGAUGAUUAUAGAAGUGAAUGUGAAAAUUGUAAAAGCGCAACAGGUUCUCGUUAUUACUUAGAUAACGAAGAUGAAUUAAUUACAUCUCCGCACGAAACUAUGACGUUACAUAGAAGACCAGAUGAAACAGCUUCAAAUGCUACUCCUCAGUAUUAUAGAACUUCACUCACACUGCCUAUAAGUACCCGUCAACGAACAAGGAGCACUGGCGUUCGAGAAAAUUGGUUCAAUCCCAUGCCUCAAAGUUCUACGGAAUCUUCGGAUGAAAAUUGAUUGCAGUUAUGUGUUUCCUAUGCAGCGUAUAACUAUUAAAAUGAUUUAUAAUACACUACCAUCGAUCAAAAUUCAA